GCGGGCCCCGCCCUCCGCCUGCCUCGGUGCCUGUCAGGGAGAGGCUCGGCCCGGCUUGGCUCGGCCUGGCCUAGUCCGGCCUCCUCCUCCUCCUCCUCCGCCGCCGCCGCCGCCUCCCUUCCCCUCCUUCCGGACGGAAACCAGGCGAGGCCCCGCCGAGGAAGAGAGAGAGGGAGAAAAAGAGAGAGAGAGAAAGAGAGAGAGGCGUCGCCAUGGGAACACGGGACGACGAGUACGACUACCUCUUCAAAGUUGUGCUAAUUGGAGACUCCGGGGUGGGGAAGAGCAAUCUCCUGUCCCGCUUCACCCGCAAUGAAUUCAACCUGGAGAGCAAAAGUACUAUUGGCGUGGAGUUUGCCACCAGGAGCAUCCAGGUGGAUGGGAAGACGAUAAAGGCACAGAUCUGGGACACUGCAGGCCAGGAGCGAUACCGUGCCAUCACCUCAGCCUACUACCGUGGAGCUGUCGGGGCGCUUCUGGUUUAUGACAUUGCCAAGCACCUGACGUACGAGAAUGUGGAGCGUUGGCUGAAGGAGCUACGGGAUCACGCAGAUAACAACAUCGUCAUCAUGCUGGUGGGAAACAAGAGCGAUUUGCGUCACCUGAGGGCUGUGCCCACGGAUGAGGCCCGUGCUUUUGCAGAAAAGAACAACCUGUCAUUCAUUGAAACUUCCGCACUUGACUCAACAAAUGUAGAAGAAGCUUUCAAGAACAUCCUUACAGAGAUCUACCGCAUUGUGUCGCAGAAGCAGAUUGCUGACCGGCCUGCCCACGACGAGUCGCCUGGCAACAACGUGGUGGACAUCAGCGUGCCCCCCACCACCGACGGACAGAAAUCCAACAAACUGCAGUGCUGUCAGAACCUGUGACCUCCCGGGGGCUGCUGCUACCUGCCCCCUCACUCUGCCCGUGCUUCGGUUGGAAACCCGUGUGCAACUUUCACAGCAUCUCUCCCAUCAUUCAGCCACUCCAGUUUCCUCCCUUCACUCCCCCCUCCAUCUUAGAGCAUUAUCCAUAGGGCUAACAUAACCCUUACCUGUGACUCCUUUUGAAUAUGAUUAUUUUGGGGUUUGAAAUAUAAGCAUUGAGCCGACAGAUUAUUCUAUAUAUUUUUUGUUUCCUUUUAUUUUAUUUUAUUUUAGUGUCAUGGAACAUCUCCUGGACAUUAAUCACCCUGAGACACUUGUUAACUUAAUUUCCUUUUUCGGGGUUUUGUGUUUGUGUGUGUGUGUGUGUGUGUGUUGCUUGUGGGGGGUGGGACGGGACGGAUGCAGGCUCUUUUUCGUUCUAGCAGCAGAAGGAAUCACUGCACUUGAGCGGUAGGAGAGGAGGGUUCAUUUCUAGCCGGGCACAAGAGAAACUUUAAGCCACGAAAACGCCUCACUUCUGGCUUGUUGGAAAUACGUUGGUGGUGAUCUUAAUUCUUGUCCGUGCUCACACCCGUGCAGACACCUGAAAUCUGUGCAAGAGAACCUUUGACUGUCACUUGUUCUCUGUCCUCUCCCUUUCCUCUCCCCCACCCCAACCCCCACCCCCUAAUGCACAGCUGGUCUGGCUGUGCAGUUUCCACUGCUAUCUGCUACUGGAAGUCUUUACUCUCAUUUCUCUCCCCCCCCCCCCCCCUCAGUUCGGGAACAAUGAAGUGUGUCUGAGCGCGGCAUCCCCAGUUCCUCACUUCCCCAGCUGUCGGCACGGCUGCGUGCAGAUCAUAUAAAGUGUCUUCUAGUGCUUUUAUUUCUGGCUUUAUGUUAAUCGGUCUAUCUUUCAAUGAAGUGCUGGCCUAAUGGCUUCGUUAGAGCCUUCUUGCGAUCUAUAGGAAUCGCGCCUCUUCACCUGCGCGCAGUAAAUCCUCCUUUUCCCAGAUUCUGACUCUGCAUGUUGCUUUAUCCCCCAGUCUUUCUCUUAUCGCAACCUCCACCCCCCCCCCCACACACACCUUGGAGUGAGUGUGAAGCAAUAUUUUUCAUGCCAUGUAUAUAACUCACACUGGUGAGGUUAUUUGGAUGGAUAGUUGUAGAGAACCAGAUACUUGAUUACGACGAUAACUCCCUUUUGUAACACCUGAGCAUAACCAUAGCAUCUUAGGGGUUUUGUUACCUCCUUGAAGGUCACUUCCUUUGAAUUCUGACCUCCAUUAAAAAUAUAAUAAUAACAAACUCCCCGCGUGCUUCCUCCGUCAGUGCUGCUUCGUUCUUGUCUUGAUCCCCUGAGGUUUUACGGUUGUUGUUUCUCUAAAUGAUUGUACGACUCAAUCUGUGAUGCACAAGAAACCUGACAUCGGCAGGGCUAAACACCACCGAAACUUAAAAAGUUGGCUGGGAACAAAUUCUUUUGUCGCUCAAGCCAUCUUCUUGCAUGAGAGGGGCUUGGUGGCAUAUGUCUCUCCCCACCUUCUACUGGUUCUUGCGCUGUUGGGCUUUUGAAGCUUUGUGAGCGAGGGAUGCUUGAAUAGCCAGCAAGCAGUACUCUGGGGUGAUUUGAGCAGCUCUUGGAAUCUGCCCUGCUGCGUGGUGGCGACCUUGGGGUGGGAUGGAUGCUGCCUCUCCUCGCUGUCGCUUUCUUGGUUGGGCUACAACCCUUUAGAAGUUAAUCUGGUCCUUCAUCCCUCUAAAUCCUUGUCAAGGUCCUUGCACAGGACACGGUUUUUCGGCCAGUUGACCCAAGUUUGAAACACGCGCCCACGCCCAACCGUAUCCCCCGCCUGUCCACCAGGAAGUUCCUUCAACCCCGCCGAUCUGCUCAGGAGCACCCCUUGGUGGUGAGCGGAGGUGGAAGGAAACACACGGCUGACUGCCAGCUGAGCGGGCUCUGAAACAGGAGACGGCCUUUCCCUGGGGUUUGUGGCCGGCCUUCGAAGGCUUGGCUGCUGAAUCAGAGGGCGGGCAAGGAAACAAGAGGACGCCCUUGAAGGCCGGCCUCCUCUUCUUCUGUGGGCAAAGAGCGCAUGGGCUGUUUGCCCAGGACCCAGUGCCCUUGCUAAUCACGGCCUGGGGAAUAGGAGGUAGUCAUUGUUUUGCGAAAACCUCUCUUCCGGGGAGCCAGCUUGAUUGAUGGGGUUGCUUGAGACUCUUGGGUUGCUCUGACCUUCCUCGUCAACUCGGUCAGCCAGCGCUGUCCCCUGGGCCAGUUCUCCCUCUUGCCGCGCGACGCGUCUCCAGGCGGUUGCUGUUGGCUCAGCUCUAUCUUUCUGUCUUCCCCUUGUGUUUGCUUCCUUCCUUUGGCCUAGUCUGCCCUCGGUGCAAACGCUGCCGUCCUUGCUCGGCUAGAAAGCCGCAGCGUAACGGGUAGGGGGAGACCGCUUGGCAUUUGGCUACGUGUACAAUAGAUGCAUGCUCACACACCUUAAGUCAGCCUUCCUCAACCUGGGGCGCUCCAGAUGUGUUGGACUGCAACUCCCAGAAUGGCAUUCUGGGAGUUGCAGUCCAACACAUCUGGAGCGCCCCAGGUUGAGGAAGGCUGACUUAAGUGAAUCGGGGCCCAGGAUAGCUUUGAGGUGACUUUGUCGUGCAGGUGAGCGUUCUGGCUCACCAUCGCUAGGCAUGCUGAAUCUGUGUGGGAUUAAAGGCUACUACGUUGAUUGGACACUGAACUCCACCUUAACCUGAACUCCAGAGAGUCUUGUCAUGACCCGGCUCUCAAUUGCUGGCUGGGUUGGGCUUUCCCAGGGCGGGGAGAACCGGCACACCUCCUCCGCUUGGCUGUGAAUCACCCCAGGGUGUCCCAAACAAGAGUCCUGGGCACCCCUUUAUUUGCAUUACUUUUUAGGUGCUGUAGAGAGGGAAGAGAAGAAGGAGGUGUGUGAAGAAACGGAGACUCAUUAUCCCAAGCAACCGCUGGAAGAUGUGAGCUGAGCUUCCUGCUUAACACACUCCAUGCACCUCUUUUAAAAGAACCGGCGGUUCCUUAGCAGUGCGUCUUCCCGCUUUGGGCAGUGGUCUUGACUAAACAGUACACAGAAGGUGGUGGAGGGGCUUGUACUUCCUGCUGCACUCUUGUGUUGCAACUUGGUCUGGUCCUUCUCUUCUUUCUCGCCCUGCCUUCCCCAAAUCUUUCUCAGAAAGACUUGCUAACUCCCUGCAGCCCGACACUGGAGCCUCCAAACCUAGGCAAGAGCAAAACCGAGCCUCUCUGGGCUCCCAUGGGGCAACCGUUGCAAAAGGGGUCCGGACUCCCUCUCCUCCCCGUUCCUUUUCCUCUGGUGUGGAGUAUCCUUGCUGCUUCAGCACAUGGCAGUUGCUGUGUCAGGGAAUAGGGACGCCUAGUAUGACCCUUGGUCUCAGGAGCAGCCCUCCUGAGGUCCCCCUCAGCCCCACCAUGCCGAGAAGGAAAGGCUUGUAGGGCCGGGACGUGAGGCCUCCCUGAUGAAGCCCACUACCGUUUUCAGGGGACAAAACCAAUGCAGAGUCUCUCUCAUGGGGACAUUGCAAGAAGGCUCCCCCAAAAACUCCACCACUAGGAAUAAACAGCAGGUCUGAGGGCAGCCGACUCUGGAAAGGCUGUGAAGCCUCCCCCCUCUCUUCCUUGCAUAAAUGCCUGGGGCCAAUAAACCCUCUGCAGGUUGCAGGAUGGCUUUGGAUUGUACCAUUGGCUUCUUGGGGUGGGGUGGGGAAGACGUCCCCAUCCUCUCUCCUUUGCUUCCUGCUGACUCUUCUGUUAAGUGCAAUUCCCCUUGUAAAUACUCAUUUUGAUUUUUGUGCAUGGUUAUUAUGUAUUGUGGAUAUAUAAAGAUUGCCAAAACCAAA